AUGUACGGAGGUCCUGAAACCGUGUCUGGAGCAAUGAUACCGUCUUGGUUGAAUCAAGAUAUUAGACCGAAAGCGUGCUUCUUUUCGUUUAUCGAGGAAGAAGACCUAGAGGGAAUUCUUGGUUCAAUUCAACAAAUUGAGAAGAAAUUUAAUUCAAAGUUCAAUUAUCCUUGGAUAUUUUUAACAAGAAAUGGAUUAAGCGCUGAUUUUCAAAAAACACUCAAUGAAAAUUUAAGAGCCGAUUAUAGCAUUGGCUUAGUUCCUAAUGAGUAUUGGGAAUAUCCUGAUUUUGUCAAUCAGGAGGAAGCAGAAAGAGAGAGAUGGGAGAUGUCAGAUCUUCCAGAUGGCGACUCAUUAUAUGCCAGGUUUAAAAAUCGUUACCUGGCAGGGUUUUUCUGGAAGCACCCUCUUCUUGAGGAAUUUGAUUGGUAUUGGAGGGUAGAACCAAACAUUAGACUAAAUUGCGAAGUGGAUUAUGAUGUAUUUAAAAAAAUGCAAGAUGAAUUUAUGAUUUACGGAACUUUAGUAGCAAAAACAGAUAGUCCUGCAACUUCGUUUACAAUUUGGGAAAAUGCCAGGACUUUUGAAGAGGAAAAUCAAGAAUUCAUGUCCAACUCAAAUUUCAGAAGACUAUUCUCAAAUGAUGGUCAAACUUAUAACUUUUGUGCUGUAAUGAGUGAGUCUGUGGUGGUUAACUUAAAUUUUUUUAGAACUAAUCAAUUCAAACGGUUCUUUGAGUAUAUGGACCAAAAAGGUGGUUUCUUUUAUGAAAGGUGGUCAGACUCUGCCUUGCAUACAAUCGCACUUGCCCUUUUAACGCACCGACACUCAAUCAAUAUUUUUGACGACAUCGGCUACAUGGCGGAUUCCUAUCAAGUCUGCCCUCUAGAUAAUGAGGUGUGGAAUGACCGUAAUUGUGAGUGUGAUCAAGGUGAUGAUUUCAUUUUUGCAGAGGAUCAUUGUGCAGCCAGACUAUAUGAUGCUGUUGGAAAAAUGAGUCCCAUCUUUUUGAUGUUAAACAAUGAGGAAUGA